AUGAAUAUAACUUUUAUUAUAUUUGUUAUAUUUUAUAUUUUAAUAUUGGGUUGUUCCAAUGAUAGUAGUCUUGUAGGAGCUACCACUCAACUUAAUAUUGUAAAGAUUAUUUCAUCACCUAUGAAUACAUUUCCCACACAAUCAGUAAACAGUAUUUUAGUUUGUCAAUUUCAAGCAACCAUAAUAGUAGAGACUGAUUUAGUGAUUGAUUCGGUGGAUGUAAAAUCAAAUACAACACAAAAUACUGCAACACAAGCCUAUCUACCUCUAGAGUUCAAAAAUACCAAUUAUACAGCAUGGUCAUUCACUUUUAGUUCACAGGCACCUACAGUAAAUCCUCUAAAUAUUACAUUUACCACAACCACCAAUACAUUUGUAUUUCCGAAUGCCAUAAAUUAUGGUUGUUUUUCAUUUUUCCCAAAUACUACAAUCAUAUCCAGUCAACCAUAUAUCGAUGAAUUCUCAAAUAUCAUUGUUUAUGCAGAGGUAGAGGAUUCACUUGUAGACUACUCAUGUAGUCUUCAAGUAAUGAUUACAAGUAAAUGUAGAGUAGAUGUUUUAUCUAAAAGUGGAGUGUAUCCAAAGAGACCUUAUAACAGUUUAAAAAUAACAAUGAGUUUUUCUGCAGCAGAUAUAACUGCGAAUAUGCUUUCCAGCACAUCAGUGCAAAUUGUUGGUUCUACAAUUUAUAGUAUUCCAAUUAGCUUUCCAACAAAUGUUUGUGCUAUUAACUCGAGAUUAAUUAAUAAGAUGCCAACACAAUAUUGGGUAGACGGAACCACAGUGUCAUUUUAUGUUUUGGUUAGUUUUAGUUUCUCAAAUUGUACUGAUCCAAACUUUUUUGUUACAUCUACUGAUGGAGUAGUUGUUCAAAUAAAGUCGAAUGCCACUGAAUAUCAAUAUCUAUUUUAUAAGAAUAUUACAGCAAUUGGAUUAGCACAAAUUUCAAUAAAAAUCAAUUAUAGUACAUCUUCAGUUGGAAAUUUACCAUCAAAUUUAGCAUAUUAUAAUUCGACAACCAAUGCUAUCGUCCCUUAUUUCAUUAAUUUUGCAAAAGGAUUUACACCAUCGGCAUUCACAACAUCAUAUGUAGGAUCAACCAUAAGGGAGUUGAUGAUCACACCAGCUAUAGCACAUCGAUUCCCAUUUUCUUUUGGAUAUGGAAAUUACACUUCGUACAACAGUUCCAUUGGUUUUCUAGUUCCACCUUUUAUCGCUGGAUUUGCAAUCAAUUUUUAUUAUAAAGUUGCAUCAAUGGAAUACAGAACGCAAGCAUUUAACAAUGUUCCUUCAGCAAAACAAGAUAAUAAUGCACCAUUAUUAAAACAAUUCAAUUUCACAAUGAUAACAAUCAAUACAGUGAAUGUAACUAUUAAGGUAUCUGAUGAUAUAUCUGGUAUAAAGAUGGUAUCAAUUGCUAAUUACAAUCUAACAACAAUGAAUAUGACAAACUUUAACAACAAUCUUACACAAGUCGAAUUCAAUAUUCAAGUGAAAUUGGAUCUUUUCAACCCAAAUUAUGAAAUUAAGAUUUACGAUUGGGCUGGAAAUAUCAAUACACUUGUAAUGGGUCAAACUUUAACACCACCGGAUUUUGCAACUUUACCAAAUUUCUAUACAAAUAUAACAAUCGAUUGUAUUAAAAGUAUUAGCUUUAAUCCAACAAGAAUAGAUGUUUUGAUGGGUACAGAUUUAGAGAUUACAUUCCAAUUGGACACGACGUUAGUUCCCUAUGCUUUGGAACUACCACAGUUUUUGUUGUAUAGUCCAAUCAGUAAUUCAACUGCUAUCGUUGUUGGAACUGCAAGUGCCGGUGUUUAUACAAUCACAACUAAGGUUACCAACUACAUAAAACAAGGAGCUCUACAGUUUCAAUUGAUUAACCGAUACAUCGAUAGCACUGCCAUCAAUUUGAGGUUUGGCAAGAGAGUGGUUGUCAUGAACAAUUACUAUGAUCUAGUUCCAACUAGAAUUAAUUUCAAUCCUAUCCAAAAUCUUGUCAACUCUGAUAGUAAUCCAGCAACAAUUCACUGGAACAUCAGCAAAGAAGACACGACAAAGAGUAUUGGUUUGCUCUAUAUUGAAAUAUCAUCCACCAGGGAUCCUACCUUAAAGACAAUGUCCUUUGACAAUACACAACUACCAUUGAUCAUUGAUAUUCCAAUGUCUCCAAACUGUCAAUCUCAAGUCUAUUCCAUCUCCAAAGUAAUAUUGACAGAUACCCUUGGUAAUAACUUUACCUAUGACUCUAAUGGCACUUCACUACCAAUGAGUCCAGUUGCCGGCAUGGGUGCUAUCGAAGUCGUUUGUACCAUUCCAAUCAACGAUAUUAUUCCACCAAUUCUCACAGAUUUCACAAUCAAAACAAUAAUUCCAAACAAGAGAUAUUUCUUUAACAUCACUAUAGAAGAAAACCUUUCUGGAAUAUCUUAUUUUAAUGUACCUGUUGUUUAUCUUACCAAUGUCUAUGGUAAUAGUCUAGAGAUGAUAACAUUUAGAUCUGACUCCAACACAGGUGUAAGUAAUUCAAAUGUUACAAUAGACAUACCUAAUGGAUUUGGAUAUGGUGGAUUGCUAGUUUCUGUUUAUGGUUUGAAGGAUAACUAUGGAAAUUUCAAUGGAUACUCUUCAAAUCAACUCCAAGAGGCUGGCUUCCAAUCGUUCAUAGCAACAACAUUUUCAAAUAUACCAACGAUAACAAGUGUAUCUAGUAUAUCUGUUAAUGGAGGUGAUCUCUCUGUUACAGGUAUGCAAUUUGGUAGCUCAAAGUCAAGUGUUUUUGGAUAUCUAGAUUGCCAGAGUGGAACUACUCCUCAACCAACAGCCAUUCAAUCACUAUUGAGCGACAGUCAAUUGGUAUUGACCGUUCAGAAAUUUAAGGUUUCAUCCUGUCUAUUGGCUGUAUCAGUUAAUGGAUACUUUUCAAACUGGUUCACAGUAACCCCAACUGGAUUCACACCACCCCCACCUCCAUGCCCAUCGGACUCCUGCAGUUCCCACGGAACAUGUUCUGCAUAUGGUUGUGUCUGCAAUUCCGAUUGGACCGGUGCAGAUUGUUCGUUGAAACCAACACUGGAAGUACCAAAACCACAAUUCAAUCAAACCUCACCAACUAUUACCAUUGAUACUUCCUCAUCCCCAUCAUCCAAUAACAACAAUAAUAAUAAUAAUAAUAAUAAUAACUUUACAAAUAUUUUGGAUAUUGUAUCGGUUGAUGAAUUGAAACCUGAUGGAAGUGUAUUCAUUUCAUAUACACUCAAAGGCUGGAAUGUUUAUAAUAAUACCGACGAUAAAUCCAGUGAUAAUCAUACCAGUAUUUUAUAUUCAACAGUGCUGAAUGGUACUCAAGCAACUGUAAAUGUAACUAUUGAUUGGUAUCCCAAUGCAAUCACCAAGGAGUUUGCCAAUCAAACAAUUCAACUUUCCAAUCACACUCUGAAAUACACCAUCAGUAUUACCAAGUACCAAUUCAAUGACCGUCUCAACUCGAUGAGAGUGAUAUUCUCCAAUGGAAUCAUUUCUAAACCAUCGGAUGAUGGAUGUGUCAAAACCGAUCGACAAUAUGGAAUGCUGGAUAGCGAUACGAAAGAAAUCAGUUGGAUACAGCUCAUCAUCAAUGAUAAUAUAUUAUAUGCCAGAUUCCUCAAACAAGGAAUAGUAGAUGGUAGAAUUACAAGUUUAAAUAACUAUAUAUUGGAUGAAAAUGAAAGUGAUAAUAGCGAAAACAAAGUCUUGACUAAAAUAGCAACUCUAAUUCCAUAUUUUGAAAAUCAAGUAUUAAUAGAUCCUGAUUUCCAAGUUUUGUUGGGAGAUGAUAUUGGUGUGGAUAGUUGUAAUGAUAAUGGAGAAUCAAAGAUUUCCAAGGGUGUAAUAAUAGGUGUAGUAGUUGAGCAUACCCAAAAAAACUCAAAAAGUAUGCAUCCAUCUAUCUAUCAUAACACAUUUAUUAUUGUGGUGGCAGGCAUACCAGCACCUCAUCAAAAAUCACAUUAA